AUGAAGGAGGCGGGCGAGGAGAGGUGCCUUGACCCGCAGCUGUGGCACGCGUGCGCCGGCGGCAUGGUGCAGAUGCCCCCCGUGCGCUCCCGUGUCUACUACUUCCCGCAGGGCCACGCGGAGCACGCGCACGCCGGCGGGGCCGCCGACCUCGCCGCCGGGGCGCGACCGCUCCCGCCGCUCGUGCUCUGCAGCGUCACCGGGGUGCGCUUCCUGGCCGAUCCGGAGACCGACGAGGUCUUCGCCAAGAUCCGCCUGGUGCCGCUCGCGCCCGGCGAGGUGGAGUUCCGAGAGCCCGACGAGUUCGGUCUCGGCGGCGACCCCGCGGACGCCCGGGAGAAGCUGUCCUCCUUCGCCAAGACGCUCACGCAGUCCGACGCCAACAACGGCGGCGGCUUCUCGGUGCCGCGCUACUGCGCCGAGACCAUCUUCCCCAAGCUCGACUACCGGGCCGACCCGCCCGUGCAGACGGUGCUCGCCAAGGACGUGCACGGGGAGGUCUGGAAGUUCCGCCACAUUUACCGGGGCACGCCGCGCCGGCAUUUGCUCACCACGGGAUGGAGCACCUUCGUCAACCAGAAGAAGCUCGUCGCCGGGGACUCCAUCGUCUUCCUGCGCACCGAGCAUGGCGAGCUGUGCGUCGGGAUACGCCGUGCCAAGCGGGUGUCCUGUGGUGGCAUGGAGUGCAUGUCUGGGUGGAACGCCCCGGGGUAUGGGGCCCUGUCGGCCUUCUUGAAGGAUGAGGAGGGUAAGAUGAUGAAGGGUCCUGGUGGGUACAUGAGAGGCAGGGGGAAGGUGAAGAUCACGGAUGUUGUUGAGGCCGCAAGCCUAGCGGCGAUCGGCCAACCAUUUGAGGUGGUGUACUACCCGAGAGCUAGCACACCGGAGUUUGUUGUCAAGGCUGCAUCGGUGCAGAACGUGAUGAGGAACCAGUGGUGCCCUGGGAUGAGGUUCAAGAUGGCAUUUGAGACAGAGGAUUCAUCAAGGAUCAGCUGGUUUAUGGGGACGAUAGCUUCUGCUCAGGUUGCUGACCCAAUCAGAUGGCCAAAUUCACUGUGGAGGCUUCUUCAGGUGACAUGGGAUGAACCAGAUUUGCUGCAGAAUGUGAAAUGUGUCAAUCCAUGGCUUGUGGAGAUUGUAUCAAGCAUUCCACCAAUUCACCUGGGACCAUUUUCUCCACCUAGAAAGAAGUUGCGGGUGCCCCAACAUCCAGACUUUCCAUUUGAUGGUCAGCUGUUGAAUCCACUUUUCCACGGCAACCCACUUGGUCCAAGCAACAGCCCUCUUCGCUGUUUCUCGGACAUUGCUCCUGCAGGCAUACAGGGAGCCAGGCAUGCUCAAUUUGGUUUACCCCUAACAGACCACCAGCUUAGCAAGCUGCACCUCGGUCUGUUCCAAGGCGGCGGUUUUAACCAGCUUGAUGCUAUCACUCCGCCAUCCCAUAUAUCCAAGGGUUUUGUGAUCAGCAGUGCACCAGUCAAUGAGAGUGUCUCUUGCUUGUUGACAAUUGGCACACCACAGGCCACAGAGAAAUCUGAUGACGGGAAGAAACCCCAUAUAAUGCUGUUUGGAAAGCCGAUCCUUACUGAGAAGCAGAUGAAUUCUAGAGGAUCAAGGGAAACAUUCUCCCCUGAGGUUACUGGAAACAGUUCUUCUGAUGGCAAUGUUCAGAAGACAGGAAAUGUAUCUGAUGGUUCUGGUUCAUCGAUUUGCAUCGGUUUCUCAUCCCAAGGUCGCGAGGCUUCUGAGCUUGGGUUAGAAGCCGGGCACUGCAAGGUAUUUAUGGAAUCAGAGGAUGUUGGUCGCACCAUUGACUUAUCUGUCUUUGGUUCAUACGAAGAGCUGUACGGUCAGUUAGCUGACAUGUUUGGAAUUGAGAAGGCAGAAAUAAUGAGCCACCUUUGUUACCGUGAUGCUGCUGGUGCUGUCAAGCAUACUGGUGAAGAGUCAUUCAGUGACUUCAUGAAAGUAGCACGGAGGCUCACCAUAAUAGAGAGCACUGAGGGGAGACUGCAGAAACCUCUCAUCGAAUACAUGAUGGAGCGGGCUUGA